AUGUCAAAUCUACGCCUCACAUCCUCGGCCUCCGUAACCGCUCUUCCUCUCCCGCAGUCAAUACAGCUCAAUUGAACUCGCAGCACGACCAGUCUGGACCGCGCUCAAAGCGCCGAAACCCAACUAUGUCGGCCCCCCAAUCGCGCGUUAUAAACGCCGUCGUGCUCACGGCAGGCCUCAUGCAGAAGACCGUCAAGGUCCGCAUCGGGGGUCAGAAGUGGAACAAGCACGUCCGGAAGUACUUCAACUACCCGCAAACGGUUUUGGUCCACGAUCCACGCUCAUCCCUGCGCGCAGGCGAUAUUAUCGAGAUCAGCUCCGGAUGGCGUGUAAGCAAGAGUGUGCGCCACGUCGUAAGCCGCAUCAUCGCGCCCUUUGGAGAGCCCAUCGAGGCGCGACCGUCAGUGAUGACCGAGGUGGAGCGUCUGGAGGAGAGGAGGUUGAAGAAGGAGGCGAAACAAUUAAGGAGAGCGAAGAUUGGCACAGAGGAAAAGAUUGAGGAGAAUGCGUAGGGUAUUGGAGAGAAACUACCUGCUCGGGGAUUGUUUUGAUGAUCGGAGGGUUUGGGCAUUUUUGGGGCGUUCUGCGACAUUGAGGCUGUGAUAUAGAUUCGAGGAGGCGGAGAGACUGUAAAAUAUGUACUAAGUAACCAUGUGUAUUAUAUAGUCGUGCAUUCGCAUAUCAAUACUGCGCAUCCUACUAUACUCUAUGGAGAC